AUGUCCGGAACCUAUGCUCCCAAGGCCUCUCCCGGUCCUCACAAGCUCCGGGACUGUCUGCCCCUGAUCGUCUUCAUUCGUAACCGUCUGAAGUACGCUCUCAACGGCCGUGAGACCAAGGCGAUCAUGAUGCAGCGCCUCAUCAAGGUUGACGGCAAGGUCCGCACCGAUCCCACCUACCCUGCCGGUUUCAUGGACGUCAUCGGUAUCGAGAAGACCGGCGAGAACUUCCGCCUCAUCUACGACACCAAGGGCCGUUUCACCGUCCACCGUAUCCAGGCUGAGGAGGCCGAGUACAAGCUGUGCAAGGUUAAGCGUGUGCAGCUCGGCAAGGGCGGGAUCCCAUUCUUGGUUACGCACGAUGCGAGAACCAUCCGCUACCCCGACCCCGCCAUCCGUGUCAACGACACCGUGAAGGUUGACCUUGCCACUGGCAAGAUCACCGACUUCGUCCGCUUCGACACUGGUGUUGUCUGCAUGGUCACCGGUGGUCGUAACAUGGGUCGUGUUGGUGUUGUCACUCACCGUGAGCGCCACGACGGAGGUUUCAACAUCGUCCACAUCAAGGACGCUAUUGACAACUCCUUCGCCACCCGUGAGUCCAACGUCUUCGUCAUCGGCCAGGACAAGCCCUGGAUCUCCCUCCCCAAGGGCAAGGGUGUCAAGCUCUCCAUUGCUGAGGAGCGUGACCGCCGCCGUGCCCAUGCCAUUGCCAACUAA